AUGACUGUCACAUCAGGCUUCGUUUCUCAUCCAUUCCCGAUACCAGACGACUCCCCGUUCCCCGUCUCAAAUAUACCAUUUGGCAUUUUCAGCACUGCGGAGGAUCCCACACCACGCCCGGGAGCUGCGAUUGGUGACUAUGUGAUCGAUUUAUUUCGGGUCGCAAACCGCGGUGCACUGACGAUCGAACAUGCCAGUGGACCAGAAAAUAUCUUCCGCGAGCCGACGCUCAACCGCUUCGCCGCUCUUCCUCGUCCAGUCCGGUCGAAGAUACGGAAGGACAUCCAGGAGUUGAUUAAAACCGCGGAUUCACCAUUAUACAAUCAAGGAGAACAACCGAAGCUACUUAUUGCGAGAGCAGCAGUAUCAAUGCACCUCCCAUUCUCCAUGGGCGGUUUUACGGACUACACUUGCUCUCUAGAGCACGUUACUAAUGUUGGUCGCGUAGCAGGCUUCGGCGAUAUACCCCCCAGCUUCCGCAACCAACCUCUAGCAUACAACGGUCGCGCCUCAUCAGUAGUCGCAAGCGGCACUCCAAUCCAACGGCCAUACGGCGUUGGCUCUGAUGGACUGUACCCCUGCCAGAAACUAGACUACGAGGUCGAACUCGGUAUGUUCGUCUCGACCAAGAUACCGAUUGGUGAACUCAUUCCAGCAUCCCGCGCCCGAGACUACAUAUUCGGCUUCGUGCUGCUGAAUGACUGGAGCGCAAGAGAUGUUCAGUUCGCGGAGAUGAUCCCCUUGGGCCCAUUCAAUGGUAAGAGCUGUGGAACCAGUAUCUCUACCUGGGUUGUGACGAUGGAUGCGCUUGAAGAAGCGGGUGCUAUUGUUCCGGCUAAAGCGGAUGUCGCUACGGCGGGGAAGUUCACGUCGAAUCCGUUCCUGAAAUGUGCGGAGGAUGUCUCGAUUGAUGUUUCGACUUUUAUCUCUAGAGGGGAUAGUCAUCGAACACCCAUCAGCAGGAGUAACUUGAAACAUACGUACUGGUCGGCGUUCCAGAUGCUUGCGCAUCAUACCUCGGCGGGCUGUGGACUUGCUCCUGGGGAUCUAAUUGGGACGGGGACACUCUCUUCAUCCGCCAAACAAGCAGGCGAGGACUUGGAGCAGGCGUCAACGGGUCUAGGACGGCUUGGGUGCAUUCACGAAUUGACCGCGGGUGGGAAGAACCCAGUUCAACUUGCAAGCAACCUUUCAUUGGCCUGGUUGCAGGACAACGAUGAGAUUACGUUAGAGGGAUGGGCGGGUGAGGGUGAUUCUCGCAUCGGCUUUGGUCAAGUGGUCGGUAGGAUUGCUCCUGUCGCGGAGGUACCGGGUAUGGUUACAGUCGCUUCCACCUGA